AUGACUGUCGUUAGAGUUCAACAACCACAGCUGCUCCGUCCCACAGAAAAUGGGGAGCGAUACGAGUUGACCAGCCCUACGGCCAUGCCAUCUGCCGGCGGCUUUUUAUGGAACCAACGGAUGAUGAUCCAGGCCACAUGUCGGGGGUAUGCCACGGCUCAGUUCAUGCAGCCCGAGCCGGCAAAGUACUCAUACGCCCCCAACGUCGAGGCCAAGACUUUUAUGCAGCCCGAGCCAAACUAUUAUGCUCACUACCCGGGUCGCUUCUGUUACAUCAAGGACGAGGAGACCGGUCUUUUGUUCUCUGCCCCAUAUGAGGCCGUCCGUGCCAACCUCGACAGCUUCGUCUUCUCCGUCGGCAAAAGCGACAUUCGCUGGAGGGCCGAACUCGAAGGGCUACGUGUGGACAUGACCUUGCUCCUCCCGACUCACGACGUGGCCGAGCUGUGGACCGUGCGCGUGACCAACCUCUCCGGCCGCGCCCGCAAGGUCAGCGUAUACCCACACUUCACCAUCGGGUACAUGUCCUGGAUGAACCAGUCGGCCAAGUGGCGUCCUGACCUGCAAGGAAUCGUGGCCACCUGCGUGACUCCUUACCAAAAGGCUGCCGAUUGGGAGAAGAACAGGUUCCUCAAGGACAAGACCUACUUUCUCUGCGAGACGGAGCCGGCCGCCUGGGAGGCGAGGCAUUCCGCUUUCGAGGGCGAGGGGGGUUUGCACGCACCGUCGGCGUUGACGCGGCCGAACCUCUCCAACAGCGAUGCUGUUUAUGAGACGCCCACGGCCGUGGUACAAUACCGGGAGGAGUUGGGACCCGACGACCACCGAGAGUACCGCUUCAUGUUUGGCCCGGCGUACGACGACGCCGAGAUCCAGGAGAUGCGUGGCCGUUACCUGAGCAAGGAGUCGUUUGCAAAAGUGGCCGAGGAUUACGCGGCGUACAUAGAAAAGGGGCGCGGGUGUCUCGUCAACAUCGAGACUCCCGACGAAGGACUCAACAACUUUGUCAACAACUGGCUUGCCCGCCAGGUCUACUACCACGGCGACGUCAACCGUCUCAGCACCGACCCCCAAACCCGCAACUACCUCCAAGACAACAUGGGAAUGAGCUACAUCAAACCGGCGGUGGCCAGGCAAGCUUUCCUCACCGCCCUGUCCCAGCAAGAAGCCACAGGUGCCAUGCCCGACGGCAUCAUCCUCGCCGAGGGUGCCGAGCUCAAGUACAUCAACCAGAUCCCCCACACCGACCACUGCGUCUGGCUCCCCGUUACGCUGGAAGCAUACCUCUCCGAGACGGCAGACUAUGCGCUCCUGGACGAACCCGUGACCACUAAAGCCGACGGCAAAACCCUGACCGUGUUCGAGCGCUUCUCCCGCGCCAUGGACUGGCUGCUGUGCGAAAAGGCCCGCGACGAGCGCGGGCUCAGCUACAUCGCGCAGGGCGACUGGUGCGACCCCAUGAACAUGGUCGGCAUCAAGGGCAAGGGCGUGUCGGGGUGGCUGACCAUCGCGACGGGCUUCGCGCUGAACCUGUGGGCAGACGUGUGCGAGCAGCACGGCGAGCGGGACCUCGCCGGGCGGUACCGCGCCGGCGCGACCGAGGUCAACGAGGCGGCCAACCGGCACUUUUGGACGGGAGAGUGGUACGCGCGGGGCAUCACCGACGACGGCGUGACGUUUGGCGUGCCGACGGACCCGCACGGCCGCAUCUGGCUCAACCCGCAGUCCUUUGCCAUGCUCGGCGGCGCCGUGGAGAAAACAUCCGACCCGGCCCGCCGCCGCGCCGCCAUGCUCGAGCAGAUCGACGAGCAGCUGACCACGCCGUACGGCGUGCAGAUGUUCGCGCCGGCGUUUGACGGCAUGCGCGAGGACAUUGGACGCGUGACGCAAAAGGCACCCGGGUCGGCCGAGAACGCCGCCGUGUACAACCACGCGGCCGUCUUCUUCGUCCACGCGCUGUACGCCGCGGGCGAGACGGAGCGCGCCUUCAAGUACCUGAGGCAGAUGAUCCCCGGUCCGGGCGAGGACGACCUUCUCGCGCGCGGCCAGCUGCCCAUCUACAUUCCCAACUACUACCGCGGCGCGUGGCGCGAGCACCCGCGCACGGCCGGUCGGUCGUCGCAGCUGUUCAACACGGGCACCAUCGCGUGGGUUUACCGCUGCGUCGUUGAGGGGUUGUGUGGGCUGCGAGGAGACGCUACGGGGUUGUUGGUCGACCCGCAGCUGCCGGCGCACUGGGACGAGAUGGAGGUCACCCGGGAGUUUAGGGGGGCUACUUUCAGGGUCAGGAUCCGGAGGGAUCCCAGCGUGGACAAGGUCACGGUUAGAAGGGGCGAGCGUGGCGAGGAGGUGCUACCUGAGGCGCAUGUUAACAGCAAGGACAUCAAGGCUGGUGAGGCAUACCGUUUGUUUGUCGCAGUGCCUGGAGAGGUUUUGAAGGAGGACUAG